AGCCAGUCCUUUGUUUUUAAUCUGUCGUCUCCACCCACCACUUUGGUGACCCGCUUUAGCGGUGGGCUAUAAAAGCUUUCCACCCUUUGUCGAGUGACACACGUGAGCCACUUGUCCUGGCAGUGGAAAGGUCACAUUCAUUCGUCUGUGCUCCUUCAUAAACAAGUCACUCCAAUCUUAAGAUUGUCAAGGUAUUAGCAAGAGAAGAGCUGGCGUCAAGGGAUCAGCCAUGCUUGGAGGAUUCUGCACACAUUUGCUGGUCACAGCGACUCUACUCUUUCUAACUCACACUGGGACUCAGUGCAGCAGGGCCGAAAAUGACAGUUCAUCCAUCAAGUUGCCCGACUGGAGAAGCGAUUCAGACUAUCUUACACAAUGUUCAUUUGACAAGCAUGGCAACGCAGUGUGCGAUUGGACAACGAGUCAUCAAAGAUCAAAUAGUCUUAGGGUGGAGACAAUCGAAAGUCCUGCACUGGAUCAAGGUGAAGCCUGUCUUGAGUUCUGGUACUUGGUCCCCACGAAUGCUUUCAAACUUGGAGCUUUGCUCAAAAGCACUACUGGUCUAGUGGAAAUCUGGACCUCGCCUGCACUGGCACAAGAUUCUUGGCGACAGGUGUUUGUGCCGCUAAACAUCAUUGAAUCUGGGACAAAGGUUGUUCUCGAAACGGUGUCCUUGGAGACUCGGGUCACAUUUAACCGCAUUGGCGUAAGGAGAGGUUCAUGCGGACACCAGUGUGAUCCAAACGAAGAGAUCCGGACAGACCCGUCCACCCGUUGCUUGUGCUCAGACGGACAGCUUUCCUGCGCACCCUCUCGGUGUCCCGAGGGUCAAAGCUGCGUUGGUGCUCAAAUGCGAAGCCCCAGGGAGGCGUCUGACGCUGGGAUAUGUACUAUACAUAGCAACACGGACUGCGGCACUUUUGAUGGAGUGUUAUUUCGCUUCACGGCCCCCUGCAACUACAUUCUGGCACAGACCUGCUCUUCCUCUGAGGCUUUGUCCACUUUUAGUGUGGAGGUAGUCAGUGACCAUGAUGGCAAUUCAUCGCUUCCAGCUGUGCAGCAGGUCAUUGUGUCUGUGGGGGAUGACAGAGUGUCUCUUCUGAAAUGGCAGACACAAAGAGUUGUGGUCAACGGGAUUUGGAGGAAUCUUCCACUCAUCUUCAGGAGUAGCACGGUCAAAAUCAAGAGUAACCUGGCGGCUGUUGAACUUGAAACCAGUUUCGGCCUUUCCGUGUCAUAUGACAAUGCGGGUGAUGUGCACAUCGAGCUGCCGUCCGUUUACUCCGAGAAAGUCUGCGGAUUAUGUGGCAACUUUAACCAUCUCAGAGAGGAUGACUUGGGAAAUCCUGACGGAGCACCUGCGCACAAUGCCGCCGAUUCAGCUAACGGCUGCCAAACGGUUCUCCUCCCUCACCGCUGCGACCCCGCCGAAGUAGCCGAGUAUAGCGACGAGCUGAACUGCGGAGGCCUCCUCUCCAGUACGGGACCGUUUGCAGCAUGUCGAGCCUUUCUGGGAGCAGAAAGCUACUUCAGGGGAUGUGUGAACAAAAUGUGCGCCACUCACGGUGACCCUCGGGUGCUCUGUGAGACAUUGCAGAUGUAUGCUGAUAUCUGCAGGGAUGCUGGCGUUACUGUGCCUUCAUGGUGGAAUUCUACCAUGUGCCCUCCACAAUGCGGUGAGAACAGCCAUUACAACUCAUGCGCUGACGGAUGUUCAGACGUCUGCUCCGGCGGUCAGGAUAGAGUGGGAUGGUGCGGACGUUGCCAGGAAAGGUGCGAGUGCGACGACGGCUUCAAACUCAGCGGGGGCGAAUGUGUUCCAACGGACGACUGCGGGUGCUGGCAUCAAGGAAAACACUAUGAGAAAGGACAAAUGGUCUUGGAAGGAGAAUGUUUGCAGCAGUGCCAAUGUAUGGGCCACAAUAAUGUCCAGUGCACUCGAUUGCGAUGCGCCAGAAAUGAAGCUUGUAAGGUUGAAGCUGGAGUCAGAGGAUGCUUCCCAAGCAAGCCUGCUGCCACCUGUAGCGUGUACGGUGAUCCGCACUAUAUCACCUUUGACGGGACGGCGUACGACUUUCAAGGCGGAUGCAGUUACAUACUGGCUACCACAUGUGGAGCCCAGAGCUCGGUCCAUUUCACAGUGAUCGGGCACAACAUGCAUCCUCUCCUUCAUAACUUCACCCGCUCGAAGCUGGAUGCUGUGACACUUGAAAUUGACAAUUGGAACCUCACAUUGAAUGAGAGCAACAAAGUCUAUGUGAAUAAAAGCGAUGCCGGACUCCCUUACUUCAGUACUGCUUCUUACGGUUCUGUCUGGGUUUACAACAAUAAUAGCUACGUUGUCUUAGAGACAACCUUUGGACUAAGGAUGGUGAUGGAUGGGCAAAACAGGUUCUUCCUGCAAGUCGAUGAGAGCUACAAAUACCAACUGUGUGGUCUUUGUGGUACCUACUCAGACCAGCAGAAUGAUGACUUCAUAAAACCAAGUGGGCAAAAUGCUACAGAAGCGUUUGAGUUUGCUGAUAGCUGGAGGGCACCACACAAUAAUGAAUGUGUUUCCCACCCAAAUGAUCCUGAUCGACCCUGUGAAAACCAGGAGGAGGCCUACGAUGAGUGCUUUGCCAUCCUUGGAGAUGCCUUCCAACCUUGCCACGAAAGCGUUCACCCGAGCGUCUAUAUCAAUAGUUGUGUUGGUGACUAUUGCGCAACAAGUGGCAACCAACACACCUUGUGUGAAGCUCUUAAAUCCUACGCAGUCGCUUGCCGUGUUGCAGGAGUGGAACUGCCCCAUUGGGCGACAGGUUCCGUCUGUGGUGAGUCAGAAGCCCAAACUACAGAAAAUCCUCCUCCAACUCGUCCCUCCUCGCAAACACCAGAUCCAGCUUUGUGCCCCAUAAACUGCAACUUUGAGCAAAAUUUGUGUGGGUGGCAGCAACUCGUACAGGACACCUUUGAUUGGACAAGAUAUGCCGGUGCCACUCCAACAAUCGGAAGUGGGCCAAACCACGACCACACCACAGGGGAGGGAUUCUAUAUGUACAUUGAGGGCGACGGUGUAACACGAGGAGAUCCGGCUCGUCUGUUGAGCUCCGAAUGCCUUUACAGUGGCCCGGUCUGCCUCCGCUUCUGGUACCACAUGUAUGGCUCGGCUACAGCCAUGGCUCUUAAUAUGUACCUGCUCCAAGGAAAUCAAGCCACCAAGAUUUGGUCCGUGACAAACAACCAUGGGCAAGAAUGGCAUCCAGCAAAAGUUGAUAUCAAUGUCUUCAGCCCUUUCCAGAUCGUUGCGGAGGGAAUCCGAGGUUCCGACGCUCUGUCGGAUGUGGCGAUUGAUGAUAUUUCCAUCCAGUUCCACUCUUGCUUAGGGAGUCUGGGAAGCGGAACAGAAGCUCCUUUGAUUACAGACGCCCUCCUGCCUUCACUAGUCCCAGCUUGUAGCUUGAAUUGCAGCUUUGAUAGAAAUGUUUGCAGCUGGAAACAGAUGAUCACAGAUGCUUUUGACUGGACAUGGCAAAGCGCUUCUACGCCCACCCUAAUGACAGGCCCCUCCUCUGACCACACGGGAGAUGGUCACUACCUCUACAUUGAGGCCAGCGCUGUGUCCCAUGGCGAUACAGCUCGUCUCAUCAGUUCUGAAUGUUCCGCCUCCGGGUCUCGUUGCCUGCAGUUCUGGUACCAUAUGUACGGCUCGGCCGAUACUAUGGGCCUCCAUCUAUAUUUGGUGCAGGACAACAAAGCUGAUGCCAUUUGGCGGAAGAGGAAUGAUCAAGGAAAUAUGUGGCACUUGGCUCAGGUGGACUUGAAAGUCGCGGGAGCUUUCCAGAUGGUCAUAGAGGGACGCAGGGGCUCCAAUGAAGAAUCGGAUGUUGCCAUAGAUGAUAUAAUGCUUUAUCACGGACAAUGCUCAGGUGUGACAGAUAUACGACAUACCAACCGUAUCAUAUCAUGCAAAGUCUUCCCUAGUUCAAAGAUCAGCACGCAUAGAGAAAAAAAACAAAUGCCAUUCCAUUUAGAGCUAAGUGGUGCCAUGACAACACGAGCUCCCAAACCUGAUGGAAACCUCACUGCUGUUCCAAAUGUGACACCACCGCCUUUACCUGAGGUGACAGAGCUUCCCGGAGUGAAUGUUACAGAUGGAGCCCCUGUUUCAACUCAGCCACCUGUGGCAAAUGCCACAAUAGAUCCUGAAGCAACAACUCAUUUAACGAUCAGUGACAUUGUUACUGGAGCUGCAGAGAACAGACCACCACAGUCAGUAUGCCAACUCCUCACUUGUCAUUUUGAGGAAGACCUAUGCCAUUGGAAUCAGCUCGUUACUGAUGCAUUUGACUGGACGAGACAAAGCGGUUCAAGCCCUACACUCCUGACAGGGCCCUCUUCAGAUCACACCACAGGAUAUGGCCACUACCUUUACAUUGAAGCCAACAGCGCAUCGUAUGGAGACACAGCUCGCCUCAUCAGUUCAGAGUGCUCUGCCUCUGGUCCGCAAUGUCUGCACUUCUGGUACCAUAUGUACGGCUCGGCCGACACUAUGGGCCUCCAUGUGUAUUUGCUGCAAGACAAAGAGGCUUAUGCUAUUCGUCGGACCAGGAACAAUCAAGGGGAUAUGUGGCAUCUGGCCCAGGUUGACUUCACCGCAACUGGAUCUUUUCAGAUCCUUUUUGAGGGUCGACGAGGUUCUAAUGAUCAGUCAGAUGUGGCCAUAGAUGAUAUAUCCCUAUACAGUGGGCGCUGUUCAGACUCGACUAAAACUACCCCCCCUGCACCCAUGACAACACAUUCGAUUACAACAGAAGGUGCCGAACCUCCAACAGGAAACAUAUCGACGACACUAACAUCCACAAUCGAUACAACAACAGACAUAACUGUCACCGACACGCAGACAACCAGACAGUCAACAACGAAGCCUUCGACUCCAAAUACCUCACCAGAAACGCCUGGGUCGACAGUUACCAUCCAACCGCAGACCACUGCCGUAGUUCACCCAUCAUCCACCAACCACCCAGUAGAUGAAGGAACGGAAGAUCCAGGACCUGAAGCCACAACUGAAGAAAUGACAGCACCUAUUACAUACCCUGGGUCCACAGCUAAGCCCAUACCGCUAACAACAGAAAGCAAUGAACCCACAACUAAACCACAUCCGAUUACAUCGGUGUCCGGUGCGACAGUUACCAUCCAACCGCAGAGCACUGCCGUAGUUCACCCAUCAUCCACCAACCACCCAGUAGACGAAGAAACAGAAGAGCCAGGACCUGAAGCCACGACUGAAGAAAUGACAGCACCUAUUACAUACCCUGGGUCCACAGCUAAGCCCAUACCGCUAACAACAGAAAGCAAUGAACCCACACCUAAACCACACCCGCCAACAUCAGUGACACCACAGACUCCAAACACAACUCCAACAGCAACAGCUGGACCUCAGUCAACAACGAGUCUUGAACCUCAGCCUCCAAAUGCAACAAGUGAAGCACAGUUAACCACGACCAUCAAACCACAACAUCCGAAUGAAUCUCAACCAGCGACCACUGUUCUACCACAGCCCCCAACUGCACCUGAAUCAACACCUUUCUGCAAACAGAACAGCCAUUACAGCACAUGUAUCCCAGCCUGUAGUCCAACCUGCAGAUUUUUGAACGCUCCACCACAUUGUAAUGACAGUGGGCUUUGUGAGCCGGGUUGCGUGUGUGAUGACGGCUAUGUGCUGAAAUUUGGUCUUUGUGUGCCAAUCCGACAAUGUGGAUGCGUGGACCGAGAUGGCAAUAAAUACCAAUUCGGGCAAGUUUGGUAUAGCGAACACUGCAGUCGGAAAUGUAGAUGUGAGCGGGAAGAUGACGGUGGGGAGAUUGAUUGUGAUGAAGAAGAGUGUGACAGAAAUGCCGUUUGCCUCCAACAUGAAGAGGGACAUUAUUACUGCCAGAAAACAACUUUUGAUGAAUGUACAAUCAAUGAAGACUCUGGCUACAGGACUUUUGACAACAUGAAGCAUGGCUUUGAGGGAGAACACGCGUAUGUGCUGGUCCAAACCAAAAACUUGCCUAGUAAUAUCCAGGACGUUUACAUCGAGGGGAUCAAUACACCCGAUGAUGAUGAUGAUGAUGAUGAUGAUAGUAGUGAAGAAGACCACGACCGCGAUCAUGACAACAACGAUAGUGACGAUGAAAGCAAUGAGCAUGAAGGACACCACGGAUUGCAGAGCCUCAAAAUGAAAGUGUACAAUCAUACCGUGGAGUUCAAGCAGUUUCGGAAGUUGUUUGUGGAUGGACAGAGAACCAAGACACCUGUUUCACCGUCUCUUGGUCUAAAGAUUAUCAAGAAUUCCGCUCACAUUUAUCUCAAUACAGACUUUGGUCUUUCCGUAAAGUUUGACGGUCAAAGUGACGCAGAAAUAACUCUACCGCGGACAUACAAACGGAAGCUGGGGGGCCUGUGUGGAAACUUUGACGGUCGAAUCUUGAAUGACCGGAUGAAACCGGAUGGCACGCUGGCCCAGACGCUUCAAGAGUUUGGAGAAAGUUGGAGAGUGUGACAGAGUCAUUGAUGAGAAAAGUAACAGCCCUUUGGAAACUGCUCAGGAAGUUCUACGUUUUUAUUUUCUUCACAUCAAGCAAAUGCUGAAUCGUCAAUCACGUCUUUGUUUUCAGUUCAUGUCUGUACCUUGCCCGAAUUCAUUAAACUCGGUCGGUCGGUCGGUCGGCCGGCUCUUGCUCUACCAUAACGAUGCACCCUACUAUUUUGUUCGAAGGG